UCGCUUCAAUCGCCAUUUUUAAUAAAAAAUUCCUUAAAUCAUCAUCGUCCAGCAGCGAAAAAAGUUAAAAAUCAGCAAAUAUCUCGUCUCAAAUGGAUCUAAAACAAGUAAAAACUGUGCAGCAAAAUACUAAGAACUGAAUUUUAGUAAAGAUUUGUCUCGACACAGCAGAUUUGGUGAGUAGGAAAUCGGACCCGAACUUCAACCACAAACUGAGCUAAAAAUAAAAAAAAAUAAAGAGAGAUUUUGAAAAAAAAGAACAAUUUAUAAAAAAAAAAUAUAAAAAUAAAAAAUGAGUGUUAUCAUUAGACUUCAAAACUUGCCAUGGUCCGCCAAUUCCAUGGACAUUCGUCAAUUUUUCCGAGGACAGUCGAUUCCAGAUGGCGGCGUCAAUAUCGUCGGAGGCGAAAAAGGCGAUGCCUUCAUUGCGUUCAGCACGGACGAAGAUGCCCGUCAAGCAAUGAUGAAAAAUGGCACAAAGCUCAAGGACAGCACAAUUUCGCUUCUUCUCUCGUCGCGUGCCGAAAUGCAAAAAGUCAUUGAACAAGCACGUGCUCGAACUCUUUCGAUGAUGUCAAACAGCGCCGCGCCUCCUGCUGUCACGCCAGCUGUUACAGUGCCAUCAGUUGCUCCCCCCACAGUUGUUCCUACAAUUCCUGGCCUCAAUACCGCCAUUCAACCGCCCGUCAUCAGUUUAUCGGGCUUCUUGGCAUCGAAUACGACGCCUGCGAUGCGCACCAACAACGUCAUCGAGAUACCCGGCUUGUCAAAUGGAUACACAACGGCAGCUCCGUCGUUGCUUUUCAACAAUUUGCCAUCAAAUAUGCCGACAAUCGUUGACACGACGGGACAAGAACGCGAAAAAAUCAUCGGAAAAUUCGGCUUGAACGAAAAUCUCGAAAGGGAAUCGAGAGACAGGAAUUCUAGGGACAGAGAUCGUGAUCGCCCACGCAGAAGUCGACGUUCCCGGAGUGAUAGUAGUGACAGUUCUCGUUCCAGAUCGCGUGAAAGACAUUCGCCACGUCGUCGUUACAGUCGUUCACCCGAUCGACGUCGUUACAGUCGCUCUCCUGAUCGUCGCCGGUAUCGUUCCCGCUCUCCACGUGAUCGUUAUUACCGUAGUUCGUCGCGCGAACGCAGUUAUGACAGCGAUCGAGAUCGUCGAGGCUCUCCGGUGCGCGGAAAUAACCAACAGAACCAACCGCAAAACCAAAAUCGCAACUUUUCCAGUGUUUGGGCAGUGCCUCCGAUGAUUCAGCCGCAACAGCAAUCCAACACAACGGCAGUUUUUCAACCGUAUACCACAAAAACGGGCGUUCGUGGAAAUGGCACGAGCAACAUGUCCUCAAAUAACGACGUUGGCUUCGGGCGAGACGUAUUUGGGCGCGAAAUUCGCAAUGAUCGUGCCGAGGAACCCGAUGCCUGUGUCAAAGUCGAGAAUUUGGACAAAAGUACGGGAUAUGGAGAGGUUCGACGUCUCUUUAGCGGGCUUUUUAUCACAAAUAACGGCAUAAAAAUGAUCAACGACGACUACGGCGAACGAAUUGGUGUCGCAUUUAUUCGUUUCGCGAAACGAAGUGACAAAAUGACGGCGUUACAGCGCAACGGCACCAUGUUACGAGACCGGAAAUUGAGUAUUUUGGAUAUUAGUGAUAAGGAAUACGAUGACGCCAUUGAUUCGUACAGACCGUCACACAAUAACAGGCAUGAUAAUCGUUCGCGGAAGGAAGAUGAAGCUCCAGAUGCAAGCGGACCGCCCUUUAGCUGCUUAAAAGUUCACGAUUUGCCGCCUUUCGCCAAAGAACAAGACAUCAUCAAGAUAUUUUCGAGCUUUACCAUCAUGCAAAUUGUCAUGGGCCGCAAUCCGAAGAAGAUUUACGAGGCUUACGUUAAAUUUUAUCGCGAAGACGAUGCGAAACAGGCACUUUUGGCUACCCCCAGCUUCAGAAUGGCCCACAAAUUCGUGAUGAUAUCGAAAUGUUCGGAUUUGGAGUUCGAAGCUGCCCGAAAUGAGUACGAAUGUGCCACGGAAGUCGUGGAAGAAGUCGAAGACGUGGAAAUUGUCGAAGAAAAACAAAAGUCUCCGUCGCCAAUUUCGUCGCCCGUGGAAAAAUUCAACGAUCCUCGUAUGGCACGUGAUCCCCGUUACCGAAACAAUCACAACGAAAACAGCAGUUACAGCAACGGUAGUUCCGUACAAGCGUCACCCAUGAUAAAUGACUACAAUUCUGACAGCAAUAACGGCGGACAAACCCCUUCCGAUUACAGCAGCAACAACAAUUCGGCUCCCGUAACAAGUCGCGAUCCCCGAAGACGCGUCGAUCCCCGGGUACAAGCUCAAAUCGACAACUCCAAAUAUCUCCUGUUGACAAAUGUGCCCUUGCAUCUCGCCGAAUGGGAUAUUUCGGAAUGGCUGGAGCGUGCAGCAGGUGCUGAACCCACAAAAGUCACGUUACUCCUGAAUUCGCAGCGAAAAUUCAACGGAGAAGUCGUUUGCGAGUUUGAAACUUCGGAACAGGCGAAACGUGGAGCUGCCGGAAAAGACAAUCAACCGCUCGAGAAGCAAAAUGUGCGAGUUGAGGUCAUCCCCAAAUCCCGCUUUGAUGACUUAAUGAACGUUAAGCAAGAAGAAAAAGUCAGAAAUAAUCCGCCGAUGGAUUUACCGCCAGUGCUAAGGCAAAAUUUGCCGUUUACUAGACCGCCAGGCAUGAACGGGAUGCAUUUACCGCCCAUGGGUUACGGACCUCCGCCAAAUAUGAUGAUGCCAAUGAGAAAUCCGCCAAUUAUGCCGCCGAGAAUGGUGAAUGGCGGUCCGCCAGAAGACGAUCCGAAUUUCAAUGCGCGCGUAAUUCUCAUGGAAAACAUUCCCUACAAAGCUGGACCCGAAGAAAUUCUCGAAUAUUUUGGGCCGGAAUUCGAUUUGACGCCUGGAUCGAUUAUGCGAAGGUUCAAUGAACGAGGACAGCCGGCGGGCGAAGCGAAAGUACUUUUCCAUUCGGCAGCAGAUGCGAAACAAGCAUUCAACCUGCGAAAAGGAAAUAAAAUUAUGGGAAGAUCGGUCUAUUUGAAACUUAACGCUGGAAUGCAAUAAGUUUUUAAUAAAAAAAAUUUUUUAAUUAAAAAAAUAAUUUUUAACACCAGAACCUUUUUAAAAUAAGAUUUUUUGUAAAUAUAGUUCUUAAAAAAAUUAAUAUAAUUGU